AUGGCUCCGAUCGCGGCCAGCCGCCAGCACUUCGAUGAAAUUCCUACAGUGGUUGGGAUCUUUAGUGCAUUUGGCCUUGUCUUCUCUGUCUCCCUUUUUGCUUGGAUCUGCUGCCAGCGCAAAUCUUCCAAAUCCAAUAAGACCCCUCCAUAUAAGUUUGUCCAUGUUCUGAAGGGAGUUGAUAUUUAUCCUGAGAAUCUCAACAGUAAGAAGAAGUUUGGAGCAGAUGAUAAAAGUGAAGCAAAGAACAAAUCGGCAAUGCCUAAGAAUUCUCUCCAUCUAGACCUGGAGAAGAGAGAUCUAAAUGGCAAUUUCCCCAAAACAACCUCUAAAACGCAGAGCUCUCCAGAUCUUGAAAACGUGUCUCCAAAACACUUUUCAGAAAGGAAGAAAGAUUCAGUAUCCCCUGAUAGUUUAAAGUCCAUCACAUCCUUGUCAUCUGAAGAAAAACAAGACAAGCUAGGAACAAUCUUUUUCUCUUUAGAGUACAACUUUGAGAAAAAGGCAUUUGUAGUGAACAUCAAAGAAGCACGUGGGCUGCCAGCAAUGGAUGAACAGUCAAUGACUUCUGAUCCUUACAUCAAAAUGACAAUCCUGCCUGAGAAAAAGCACAAGGUGAAAACCAGAGUGCUGAGAAAAACAUUAGAUCCAGCUUUUGAUGAGACUUUCACAUUCUAUGGGAUCCCCUACAGCCAAAUUCAAGAUUUAACACUUCACUUUAUGAUCUUGAGCUUUGACAGGUUUUCCAGAGAUGAUGUCAUUGGAGAAGUCCUCAUCCCCCUUGCAGGAAUUGAAUUGUCAGAAGGAAGGAUGCUAAUGGACAGAGAGAUCAUCAAAAGAAAUGUUAGGAAAUCAUCUGGGCGUGGAGAAUUACUGAUCUCUCUCUGUUAUCAGUCUACAACAAACACGCUAACUGUUGUUGUUUUAAAAGCCAGGCAUCUACCUAAGUCUGAUGUGUCAGGAUUAUCAGAUCCUUAUGUAAAAGUGAACCUGUACCACGCUAAGAAAAGAAUUUCUAAAAAGAAAACCCAUGUGAAGAAGUGUACCCCCAAUGCAGUGUUCAACGAAUUGUUUGUCUUUGACAUUCCCUGUGAGGGCCUUGAUGAUAUCAGCAUUGAAUUUUUGGUUUUAGAUUCAGAUAGAGGAUCAAGAAAUGAGGUCAUUGGCCGGUUAACCUUGGGAUCUUCAGCAGAAGGUACAGGUGGAGAGCACUGGAAGGAAAUUUGUGAAUAUCCUAGGAGACAAAUUGCCAAAUGGCAUAUGUUGUGUGAUGGUUAGCAGCUCAAAGAGGGGUUGGAACUUGAAAAACUAUAUAUAUUUCCAUAGGCAAGGAGCAGUUUUCUUUCUUUGCUAUGUAUAAUUACAGGCUUGUAACUACAAGACUUUUUUUUUUUUUUUUGUGAGGGUUGGGGAGUAAAAACUGGAUUGAAUUAUCAAAAUAGAAGGUAACUAAAUUUUCACAGUAAAUAAAGGAAUUUCUAUUUCAUUAGGCUUUAACUUAAUUUGAUUAAAUUUAUAUUCUUCUGUAGUUUACAUUGCCUAAAACUUCUGAAGCAGUAUAAACUUCAAUAAGGACUACGCUUUACCAAAAAAAACCAAAAAAAGUCACUGGAAACCUUAUUAGUACUGUUAUACAGAAGAAGAUAACCUCAUUAAAAUAUAUUGCUAGAUCCAAGAACACCAAAAAAAUGGUGGCUUAUUGUGGGAAGGGAUUGAGUCUAUAAAAGCAAUGGGGAAUGAGGGUGAGUAGGAGGGGCAUUCCUUCUGCCCCUCUAUCAUAAACCUUCUUUUAUGAAAAUUCAAUCAUUAUUUGUAAGUUUUGGUUACUUAUACUUUGAUCAUCCCAAAGACUGAAGAAAUUUUCAGCAAUUUGCUUUACAUAUCACAUCAUGUGCAACUAGUUGUUUUAUGUGUGGAAAUACUCUAUAAUUAUUU